AUGCAAGGAGUACCUGCAACACAACUUCAUCCCAUCGUCAAGCUGUGGCCGUUCAGGGGAUGGGCUCUCGAUUUGAUUGGGAAGGUUACUCCCCCAUCGGUCCAGGGGUAUGCAUUUGUUAUCGUGGCAAUAGAUUACUUUACAAAGUGGGUGGAAGCUGUGCCAAUGAAGUCAGUCAACCAGGCUAAUGUGAUAAGGUUUGUGAAGCGCGAGAUAAUACAUCACUUCGGCCUGCCUAAGACUCUCACCUGUGAUAACGGGUCAGUAUUCCCUGGAGGGGAAUUGUCCCGGUUUGCACAGGAAUAUGGAAUGACCGUUACCUUUUUUACGCCUUUUUAUGCACAGGGCAACGGUAAAGCAGAGGCAAGCAAUAAGGUUAUCAAGGCGAAUUUGUCUAAGGUCAUCGAUGAAAACCCAAGGUCCUGGGCAGAGAUGCUAUCAGAAGUGUUGUGGGCCUUCAGGACUUCAAAGAGGACAACGACGGGGACCACCCCCUAUGCGCUGACUUUUGGUCAUAAUGCCAUCCUGCCAAUGGAGGUGACCGUGAGGUCCCUACGGGUGGCAAGACAAUAUGAGAUGUCCCCAAAAUCAGUACAGGGAUUCCAUGAUGGUUGUACUCAACUAUCUAGACGAGGAGCGUCUUUUGGCUCUUGA